AUUGUAAAUUCAGUUUUCCCAUUACAGGAAUAAGUAACAUUUGGAAAUAUGUAGUCAAAUGGAAAAUGUUUAUUUAAAAUUGUAAUAAUUUCACAAUAACAUUGAUUUUACGAUAUAUUUGCAGCCUUUGUGGGCAUAAGAGACUUAAGAUAACUUAAAAAAAAAAAAAAAUCUUACUUGCCCCCCAAUUUUUGUUUGCAUUUAGUUUUUCUUAGGUUGCAAGAAGAUGCCCAGUUUGAGUCCUGGCUGUGUAGUGUUUGCACAUUCUCCAUUUGUGUUGGAGUGGAUGUUCUCUGCAUGCUGUUUUUCCCCACAAUCCAAAGACAUGCAUUGGACAAAAUACAUUCCCCAUAGGUGUGUGUGUGAGGACUGUCCAGUGUGUUCCCGUCUGUGCUCUAAGAAGCUAGGAUUGGCUCCAGCAUUCCCAUGACCCUACAGAGCAGAAGUGCUUCGGAGAAAGGAUGGAUGCAAAGUUGUCCAUAACCAGUAACUUUUGUGCCAUCAACAAUGUUUCUCAUGACUUGGGUGAUAUUUCUUACUGAACUUAAUACUUACUGAAAUAAUUACAUUUCACCAGGCCUGCACUGCAAAUGAUUUAAUUUUGAUCUAAAUAUGAUUCUAAAUAAAAAUAAUGGGUCAAGUCCUCCCUAGCCGUCUUCUUUUCAGCAUAAAGGUAUUCAUUAAACAUUUAGUAUUGUUUUUUGAACACUGUGAUGUUCACUGUGCUGUUGCUUUUAUUCUAAUGGACUUUAGAAUUCAAUUACAUUUAACACCAGUAAAUAUUUAGUUAAUCUAAUAAGCUAAAUGUGGCAGCGAUUAAUAUCAAAGCAAGUACCGGCACCUCUUUUUUUUCCCCCACUUUGAGCACCGAGAUGCAAACACUCAAGCUAGCUCACAUUAGAAUGCAUUGGCUUUCUUCUGGCUGUUUGCCACAUUCAGUCCAAUGCUCGGUUCCUUUUUUCCCUCAGUUGUCUUUGAGCACUGUUGUGCCUGCUGCUUUCAGAACCACGCAGCAGUUUCUCUGUUGUGAAAUAACAGAUGCAGCUUUGAUGAAUUGAUUGUUUUUAUCAAAUAAUAUGGAACCUGCUCGAAAUUGCAUUAAAAUGGUGUGGGUUGUACACAACGUACUAAGUAACUGCUUUUAUUAUGUCAAGCUUCGCCAUUUGUUGUGCACAAAUCUAGCAGAGACUAAAUAAAACCUCUUUUGGACUUGCAUUUCUAAGUCACAAUUCCUCUCCAUCACAGAGAUGCUGCGGUAAAGGUAAUGCGUAAAUACCUUUGAGUUGGACGAAGAUGUGCAUUAAGCAGACUUUACCCCACAAAGUUGAGCCGGAUUGCAUAAGGGAAAGCUUGGCGAGUGUCACUCCAGCGCAGGGAGGGGGAUCCAUUCUCUUGCCAACAGCGCCUACAUGUCUGGGUGGUGAGAGGCAAGUGCAAAAUGGAGCUCUCUGGAUGGGAGGUGUAUUUGUGGAGGGGUAUUUCAAAACCCUGGUAUGGCUCUCUCUGUGGUCAGUGGCUCAAUUCCGAAGCUUUUCGAGCUGAUCUCCGUCAUAGUCACACGGCAAACCUGAUGAGCAAAGACAGUGGAAAAGCUGCUCAGAGUGAGGAGAGAGAGCGGGAGUGUGCAUUUAAUGACCAGCACCAGCAGGUGGAUGAGCAGAACGUGGCUGCUGACUGGCACAUCACCAGAGAAAAUAACACCAUCCUGUGCAGCAAGAGCAGCCGCUGCUAUGGCCUGUGGGAGAAAACACAUGACGGAGAGAUCCGCCUGGUCAAACAAGGCUGUUGGACUUACAUUGGUGACCAGCAGGACUGCCAUGACGACCGUUGCGUGGUUACCACCACGCCGUCACAGAUCCAGAAUGGCACCUACAGAUUCUGCUGCUGCAGCACCAACAUGUGCAACGUCAACUUCACAGAGAACUGGGUCCCCAGCCCCACCAGCACCACCCAAGAGCAGCAGCCUUUGCACAGAGAUGAGGCCAUCUUCAUCGCCCUCGCGUCUGUCUCUAUACUAGCGGUCUUGAUCGUGGCGCUGUUCUUCGGCUAUCGCAUGAUGAUGGGCGAGUGUAAACAGCGUCUGCACAACAUGGACAUGAUAGAGGCCGCACCGUCAGAACCAUCUCUGGAUUUAGACAGUUUAAAACUCCUGGAAUUGAUUGGUCGAGGACGCUAUGGUUCUGUCUAUAAAGGAUCACUGGAUGAACGCCCAGUUGCUGUAAAGGUUUUUACCUAUGCCAAUCGGCAGAACUUUGUGAAUGAGCGCUCUAUCUACCGAAUCCCUCUUCUGGAGCAUGACAACAUCGCUCGAUUUAUUGUUGGCGAUGAGCGUCUCACAGCGGAUGGGCGGAUGGAGUACCUGCUGGUUAUGGAGUACUAUCCUCAUGGCUCUCUGUGUCGGUACCUGAGUCUGCACACGCUGGACUGGGCGAGCUGCUGUCGUCUGUCACAUUCGGUCACCAGAGGACUGGCCUACCUGCACACUGAGCUCCUGAGAGGAGAUUUGUAUAAACCUGCCGUUUCACAUCGGGAUCUAAACAGCCGUAAUGUUCUGGUGAAGAACGAUGGCACAUGCGUGAUCAGCGACUUUGGCCUGUCCAUGAAACUGACGGGAAAUCGCCUCGUACGGCCUGGUGAAGAGGAAAAUGCCGCCAUCAGUGAGGUGGGCACAAUCCGCUACAUGGCGCCAGAAGUGCUGGAGGGAGCGGUGAACCUCAGGGACUGCGAGUCGGCUCUGAAACAGGUGGACAUGUAUGCCAUUGGUCUCAUCUACUGGGAGACCUUCAUGAGAUGCACUGACCUUUUUCCAGGGGAGGCAGUGCCAGAUUACCAGAUGGCCUUCCAGGCCGAGGCAGGGAACCACCCCUCCUUUGAGGACAUGCAGGUUCUGGUGUCCAGAGAGAAACAGAGACCCAAGUUCCCAGAAGCCUGGAAGGAGAACAGCCUGGCCGUGCGCUCUCUCAAGGAGACUAUGGAGGAUUGCUGGGAUCAGGACGCAGAGGCUCGUCUGACAGCGCAGUGUGCAGAAGAGCGCAUGGCCGAACUGCUGCUGAUCUGGGAAAGAAACAAACCCGUCAGCCCCACCAUCAAUCCCAUGAGCACAGCGCUGCAGAACGAGAGGAAUCUCACUCACAGUCGCAGUCGCCCUUAUCCAGAUUACUCUUCAUCCUCUUACAUCGAGGAUCAUGAAGGCAUGGUGAAGAACCUCCCAGGUGACGUCUCCACGUCUGGUACGUCCUCUGUGGGUGGCCUGGGUGUGAGCGGCAUCAGUGGUGGUGUGGCGGUGGCGGGAGAGAAGAACAGAAACUCUAUCAACUAUGAGAGACAGCAGGCUCAGGCCCAAGCUCGGCUGCCCAGUCCAGAGACCAGCGGCACGAGUCUGUCGGCCACAACCACUACAACAGGCCUCACGCCCAGCACUAUCAUGACCACCAUCUCUGAAUCAGGCCACUCGGAGGAGGCCGGAGCCGGAGGAAGCGUACCAGUGUGCCUUCAGCUCACAGAAGAGGACCUGGAGACCACCAAACUGGACCCCAAGGAGGUGGACAAGAACCUGAAAGAAAGCUCUGAUGAGAACCUGAUGGAGCAUUCGCAGAAGCAGUUCAGCGCUCCUGACCCGCUCAGCUCGGGCAGCUCCAGCCUCUUGUUCCCGCUGAUCAAACUCGCCGCAGAAGUCACUGGUGGAUCAGGAACUGGCAGCCAGGUUGAUUUCGGAAUGGGCGGCAGUGGAAUGGGCGACACUCCUACAGCCAUGUUCCCUCUUCCCAAACAGCAGAAUCUCCCCAAGCGGCCCACCAGCUUGCCUCUCAACUCCAAAAACUCUGGCAGGGAGUCCUCGUCGUCACGGUUAAAGUUUGGCAAGCACAAGUGCAACCUGAAGCAGGUGGAGACGGGCGUAGCCAAGAUGAACACCGUAGUGACAGCCGAGCCACACUUGGUCACUGUCACUAACAACGGACCCAGUGUCCGUAACGGCGCUGGAGUUGUGGUUGUUAAUGGAUAUGGUGGGGGCAGUGGGGCCGGCUCCUCUGAUGCGUUUGGGAACACGAACCCAGCCGGGCCACAGGGUGACGGCGGUGCCCCUCUGCUCCAGAGCCAGCUAAGCGGAGAAGACAGCCGUCUCAACAUCAACUCCAGUCCUGACGAACACGAGCCCCUGUUGAGGAGAGAGCAGCCGGCGGCGCGCGAUCACUCCGGCCGCACCAACUCCAAUAACAACAACAGCAACAACAUCCACACAACCGCCGCUGCCACGAUUCAUACCUUAGUUCCUGUAGACGCCCAGAUGACAUUAACCAACUCUCCAGGGAAGCCAGACGGAAGGGACGAUGGCGUUCCUCUGAGACAGCAUAAGCCCAGUAGACCGGAGCGGCCAAACUCACUAGACCUGUCAGCAACUUCCCAGGAUUCUUCUCUUCUGGAAGAGGUCUUGUCACAAGAGGGAAAAGCCGGAUCGGCCGAGAAGAUUAAGAAGCGUGUGAAGACACCUUAUUCUUUGAAAAGAUGGCGUCCUUCUACAUGGGUCGUCUCUACAGAAACGCUGGACGGAGAGGUGAAUAACAACGGGCACGGCCUGAAGAUGGGGACGGGAGACACUGGAGGUAGUCACCCAGGUUCUGGCCAAUCAAAAUCCAGCAUCGCUGUGUUCCUGGUCAGUGGUGGAACUGCGACCGCCGCUCUAACCUCCGACCCGCCAGAUAUGACCAGCCUGUGAACUCGCAUCUCCGCUUUUCCUCUGAGGACGAGCCCAAAUCAGACUUUGAACACAGGAGGGGUUUGUCUAUGCUGACCAGCUGAUGACCGAAAAGAGAGUUUUUGGAAAGCAGACUCUUGACGGGACGUAAUUUGGCGAGCACUUAACUUUGUCGAACUUAUCCAACUUGUUUUGAAGAAAUCGCUUUAAACCGAACCCAGCUAUGCAGCAACAUUGGCAUAAAAUGCUUCCAUUUGUUUUUGUCGUUUCUUCUUCAAUCAAGUAUGAUUCUUGUAUGCCUGUUCUUUCAUUUGUUGCACUUUUCUUUUGUAAGUAAUCUUAACCACAGAUCCUCCGACCAUGUUAAAGACUGGUCUUAAAACGGAAAGACGUAAAUGACAAUGUGUUGAUUUAACAAUCAUAGUAGAUUGGGGCGAAAUUGAAAUCAUGUCCAUCUAAAAAAGGCACCCAAGCAGUGGUCUCUAAGACAGGGUUGACUGCAUCUCAAUGACCUUUUAACCCACCAUACAUUCAUGUUUUAUAUUUGUUGUACGUAUCUGUGUACUCAGAUUUUUUUGUAUCAUAUUUUGAAAUGUGCAAUAGACAUUAGCUUGGAGGUGCUCCAUAAGACAAUGUAACUUUGCUCUGUUUAUCGCCGCUUCUGUUUGUUUCUCGUCUUUAGUUUAAUGUCUUGAAAGGCUGCACUUAGCAGUGGCAAUCCUGUGUCCAUUCGGCCAGCCCGACUGCAUUUGAGAAACAUCGUACAAAUGACAAUCUUACACCUUUUCACCAGUCCCAUUACUCUUGAAAAGGGAGGUAAACAGAAAAUCUUGGGGUGUUCAUAACAGACAACUUCUCACAAACUUCGACGAGACAGUAUGUUUUUUUUUUUUUCUGUUACAGUACAAGUCAAGCAUCAGCCUGGACUGUUUGCUGGAAAUCAUGCUUUCUGAAGACACUGAAUAAUCAAGUCCCUCUCUGCACAUGCUCAGUGCAGUUUUACCUCUGUGAGAGUGUUUGUAAAUGUGCGUGUGUGUGUAUGGGUCUGUUUCUGCUUCACGGAGCUGCUUGGAUCACAGCUGAAAAGGCAUCAGUCAAACAAGACUUUUCACUUCCCAUCUCUGCCAGGACAAUGGACGUUUGCUUGGUGUCCUUCAGAAACCGAACAUGCACGUACAUACGGCCUGAACAAAAUAUAUACUGUAUGUACAGACUGAAGCUCACAGCUACUUUAGUUCGGUUUUAGCCUUUGUUAAAGAUAAGCUGACAUGAUUAGUGCACAUUACGAAAUCAUGAUUUUAUCCAUAUUAGCUGUUUCUGAAGUUAUUUUUUGUUCUUUUUUUUAUUUAUGUAGUAUCUAGGGCCAUCUUCAUUCUCUGGGUUUAUUAUUCUUAUGAAAUCGAAUCGAAGUUGUGUAUAAUCAUGUAAAAUUAUCUUAUUUCAAUGAUACUUUCAGUCAAAUACAUCAGAAAUGCAUGUGGUUUCACCCUUCUUUUGCAGGUCAAUCAUAUACAGUCGAGGAGAGAUUGAGCUUUUUUUUUUGGUGCCACUAGAAAUACAGUUGUAAAAGUACAGCAUCCUCAUUUUGAAAUCAUCUAUGAGAGCAGAUGAUCUUUGUACCAGCCAUAACAUGGGCCUUGUGUUUUAUCCUAACUGCUGCCUUUUGCAGAAAAUAAUGGGCAUGAGCCAUUCAAAUAAUGACAUGGUGAUUAGGAAAAUUCCCUCAUAUAGCAAGACCCGGCUUCCCUUCCCAAGAAAGCAGAUGUUUGAUCAAAGAGCACUUACCGUGCUGUAUGCAUUUUCAACAAUGAGUGUGGGGUUUUAAACCAUGAUUUGGCACAAGCCAGUAUUAUCUUUGGACUUUGUCCAGUGCAGAGCGGGGAACUUUCAAAAAGUCAUCUGAUAUGUCACUUCCAUUGGCUUUUUCUAUCGGAAAACAAGAAAAUGCAGUCCAGUUUACUUUCUCAUGCCCUCUUUUCUUAACCAAUCAGCGCUUCAGUCUGACUUUUGUAUAUGUUUGUAAUAUAGGCUAACCUCUGUAAAUAUUCAGUGCAUUUAUAUGCACAUUUACAGACUCUUCAUCUGUUGCUUUGGGACCAAGAACAACUCUAAAUCACUGUGAGAUUUAUCUGAAGAUAAACACAGAAACGUUAGACUGUUUUCAGCUAGAUACGUCAGUGUGAAUGCUGGAGUCGAACAGAAGAUUAUGAACUGAAAUAAGAAAUAAUAGCCUAAUAAAAGACAAAACAAACCUCCAGUGCUCAUUUAAAUAAAAUGAACCAACGUUUAUGAUUUAGACCAAAGCGUUUAAGCUUAAACGAGUCAUUGGAAGUGUAGUUUGUUCAAGAGGACUGUCCAUCUGCUACAUGUUAAUAACGCAAGAUGUUUACACCAGAGCCUUUGUCCAGUUUUACAGCACACUGUUGAAUACCAAAUCAUUUACAGAUACUACAUGCCUUGUUUAUUCUUGAAGAAGUCAGACUUUUUUAAUUCAGUCAAGUUGCAGGAAUGCUUUAACUAAACCAAGUUGUACUCUUGAGUGUAAAAUGAGUCCGUUACUGAAUCCUACAUCCAUUGGAACUCAUUAUACUUGCAAAAACCAAACAUGAAAAUGACUAACAAUGUGUCCCCACGAACUUUGAGUAUCAGCUGUAUUUUGGGGUGCAAAUGAGCCAACGAAUGAAGGGUCUGUGUUGACAAGCUGCUUUUUUCUUUUUACUUUUGAGUUCAUAACUGAAGCUGAAGUCUUUAUUUGGCCCCUGCAUAGAUGGAUGUUCCAAAAACAUAUAUAAAAAUAAAAAAGCAACUUACGUUUUCUAUUACAGCUUGUAAAGUAAGCACUUUGAGAAAAAAGAUCAAAUGAUAACUCAUGCUUUUAGUCUAUGCAGAACGUGUUUUAAAAUGUCAUUUAGAAAAUAAAGCUUGCUGUACAACCCUGCAUUAUUCAGUUGAUUAAAGAUUAUAUUAAUGAAAACCGG